AUGGCCGACUCCGAACCAUUUCCUCUCCUCAAUACCUCCGUCGACCAAUUGCACUCCGUCGUUGACUACUCCCCAAGCGCAUCUCGAACAACAACGACAACGAGACGACGAAAGUCAAGCGCACUAGGCCAAGACAUCCGUGCCGGCGACACUGGUCCUGCGCUCGCAACUUACGGCGCCAUCGACGGCCCCGUCACACCUACCACACCUACCAAACGCCUCUCAAAGCGCCGGCGUGCUCGCGGCGGCUUCUCUCGCGUUCGUCAGGCCAUGACUAGACACACGUACCUCCUGCCCGCCCUCAUCGUCGCCAUUACCGCCGGCCUCUAUGCCGUAAACCCCAACGAUUCGAAUCCGGUUCAUCGCUUUAUAUUCCUCUCGUACCGCUUGCCGCCCGACUCCGCCAGCCCUGGCGCCCCCGCCCAAUAUGGCAAGGGUCUCUGGGACAUCGCUUUCGUGUCUUUCUACACGGUCGUCCUAACCUUUACUCGCGAAUUUAUCAUGCAGGAGCUCUUGCGACCUCUGGCUCGCGCCGCUGGUAUCCGAUCCCGGGGAAAGCAGGCUCGCUUCAUGGAGCAGAUGUACACUGCCAUCUACUUUGGCUGUCUUGGUCCCGCCGGCUUAUACGUAAUGAGCAAGACGCCCGUCUGGUACUAUAACACGCGUGGCAUGUACGAGGACUUUCCGCACCUGACACAUGAGGCCGGGUUCAAAUUCUACUACCUCUUCCAGGCUGCGUACUGGGCUCAACAAGCAAUCGUCUUGCUGUUGGGUAUGGAGAAGCCCCGCAAGGACUUUAAGGAGCUCGUUGGUCACCACAUUGUCAGUCUUUCCUUGAUCGGCCUCAGCUACCGCUUCCACUUUACCUACAUGGGGCUGGCUGUUUACUCGACACAUGACAUCAGUGAUUUCUUCCUUGCAACGUCAAAGGUGCUGAACUACAUCGAUUCUCCGAUUGUGGGACCUUACUUCUUCUUCUUCAUGUGUGUCUGGAUUUACCUACGUCAUUUUAUCAACCUGAAGAUCAUCCUCUCCCUCUUCACUGAGUAUACCACUGUCGGGCCGUUUGAGUUGAACUGGGCCACUCAACAGUACAAGUGCACGCUCUCGCAGUAUAUCACCCUCGGCCUUCUUGCGUCCCUUCAAGCCUUGAAUCUUUUCUGGUUGUUCUACAUCUUCCGCAUCGCGUACCGCUUCCUUCGCUACGACAUUGCUGAAGACGACCGCAGUGAUGCCGAAGCCACCGAUGUCGAUGACGAAACCGAGAAGAAGAAGAAGGCCUUGGCCGAUGAGAAGAGCAAUGGCCACGCUACUGGAGCGAGCGGUAGUGCGUCAAGAGCAAGGCCUGUCAAUGGUCAUACGAGAUAG